CCUUAGAGGCUAAUGUUUUAGCAGGGCUAGCUAGCUAAUCUAUCAACACCCAGGCUAGUGACAGCUGACCGGCCGACAACACCAAGCAACGGUUAGCAUUAGCGCAGUUAGCUGGCAGGCAGUUGGCGAGUUGUGCUAAUCUUCUUUAAAGAUGUGCCUCGUUUAGGGGAUUGUGUUGCUGAUUUGGGUGCAGGGCGCAUCGGGCAGAUUCUCAGCAAUGCUAAUGUCGUUUCCCGUCGUAGCCCCGCAGUACACCGGUGUGUUUGUUUGUCCGAGUGAUGUACGGAAGCUAAUUGAUGCAGACUUCUAGCCUGCUAGCUACCAACGGGGAUGAGACGACAUCGAGCGUUUGAACAACUGCGUCUCUGGGCUCGUUGACUCUCCGUGCUGGCUGAGGAUGGCGCAGGGAGGCCCUCAGCUCGACUACCACAUGCUGCAGGACCUCAAGCAGCGUUUCCCGGAGAUCCCUGAGGCGGUGGUGUCACAGUGCCUUCUGAAGAACAACAACAACCUGGAUGUUUGCUGCCAUCUACUGGCUCAGGAGAGUAAUAGAUACCUGUAUGGAGAAUUCCAUCACAGUCCAGAUGAGGGACGACUGAGCCGAAACCACAUGCUACCCGUCAACGUGAGCUACUUGGCCGCAGAAGCUGGCAAGACUAAGGGAGGAGCAGUUGGGGCAGGGCGCGCUCUAGUGCACAGUACCAGUGACAGUCACAUUGAUCCACAGCGGCCCAGCUACCCUGAGCCCUUGUCAGCCCCUGCUAACAUGGCACCAUCUCCGGGUUUCAAUCCUUUCUUCAUGAAUGACCAGGGCCGCUCAGCUAGCACUCCCACCCCUCCACCUACAAUGCAGGGCAUGUCCCCUACAUACUCACCUCGUUAUACUAUGAACCCUAUAACAGUCACCGUUCCUCAAAAUAUACCCAAUGUCUCACAGGCUCUACAAAUCCCCCCUGGGCACUUUGCUAGCAACACCAAUACUGGCCUGUAUAUUCGACCAUCACCGUCCCAAAGCCCACAGCCAGCUCCUUGGUCCUCUUCAGCGACACCUGUCUAUCCACAGCACCAAUCUUCCUACAGUCCUUCUACAUUUGGCUCACCAUACAGCUCGCCACAGCAUCAGGUCCACUCACAGCCCCAGCCGCAACCCCAGCAUCAGCCGUAUGUAUUUCUUCCUAUUGGCGCCGCAAACCUACCCAGCAUGCCCUACCACCACCAGCAGCAGCAACCUCAGCAACAGCCAGCUGUUUACAGGCCCUACCAUUCCAAAAGCUCUCUUAAGAACCAGAUAGAGAUUACUUUGGAAGGACCACGGCCACGCAGCAAUUCACCUGUUCACACCGCCCACCCACAAGGAACCCUUUACAUGGCCACUAGCCCCUCGCCUAGCUCCCCUUCAAGGGGCACCACGUUGACUGGGCCUCCAGGACCUGGGCCGGUAGCCUUUCACCCUGGCAUGUUUCUGCAGCAUCAAGGCCCCUCAAGACCAAGGCCUGCCUCCUCUCCUCAACCAGGCCAGUCAGCCUACCCCCUUAAAAUGUGUUCGAACGUGUCCCCUGGAGGCCAGACCCAACGACCUCCCAGCUCACCUCCCAUGGAGUCUCUUCUUAACAUAGUAGACCAAGGUGAACAUAAUGCUGCCCCUCCACCCAUUCUGCCCAUUUCCGCUUUACCAGGAAACGUUGCCAGUCAGUUUCAGCAAAUGCCCCGACGUUCAAGCUCAGGCUCUGAUGACUAUGCUUACACACAAGCUCUUCUGCUCCACCAGCGGGCCAGGAUGGAGCGUCUGAUGAAGGAGCUUCUGUUGGAAAAGCAGAAACUAGAGCAGCUUAAGGCCGACGUCAACAACAUGGAAUAUGAUGCCCUUCAAAGACGCUUCCGACGAGUCAAUUCAACCAGUCUCAUACCUAGACCGGAGGAGAUGACCCGAUUGCGGGGUAUGAACAGAAAGCUUCAGAUUGAUAUCGACUGCACCCUGAAGGAGAUAGAUCUGCUACAGUCUAGAGGGAAAUUUGAUCCAAAAGCAAUGAGCAACUUUUAUGACCACAUUCAGCCUGGUCCCAUUGCGCCACCCAAACCUGGAAAGAAAGACGGGGAGCAGGGCCCCAAGCCGGUGCCAGGGCCUCAGAGAGAUGAGGACUUUGAGGGCGCCCAGUGGGACUGUGAAAGCUGCACCUUCCUUAACCACCCUGCCCUCAACCGUUGUGAACAGUGCGAGAUGCCACGUUACACCUGAGCUCGUUUCUGCACUGUUUUGCCCGCCCCUGGCCCGUUCUUCCCAAUUCUUGGUUACUAUAAGCCCCAUCCUACCAGAGCCUUUCUAGAGGUCUUCCUCUGGCAAUCAGUAUCUAAGCCCUUAUUACCUGCUGAGGUAGAGCCACAUGUCCUGCUACCCCUCUUCUCCUCUGCACUUGUUUUCCCCGGUGGAUGAUGAUUUUUUUUUCAGGACAGCUGGAGACUCUUCCCAUAGCAUAUGUAUAAAAGAGGGAGUCUGUAGAAAUGGGUGUGAUGGGCUUCAGAAAGGUCAACGUAAUUGGGAUUGAAGAGGAGCUACUGUGUACGUAGCAAACAUUCCACGCAGAACGAAUGACUGCCCUGUUUACACAACUGCACCCAUUCCUGAUAUUAAAAAUGGAGGCACUUCCACUUUAGUCCAGGACUUGUAACUCUGACAGUGGAACAAUGAAAGCAAUGCUAUAUAAGUUGUGACUAAUGCGAAAUGUAGACUGUACACUGUAUCUGGCUCUGUAUAGAGCUCAUUUCACUGAAAGAAGAACACUAAAGACACUUGCAUAGGAGUAUAUUCCUGGUACUUUUAUGCAUAUUAUUCCACCCUGUAUUAUGUGUUCAGAAGAUGUUAAUUUCCUGUGCAAAUGCCUCAACUUGCUGUACUUAAUAAAUGAGCUGAUUCUAUGUGACUUGACCAUG